AUGGCAACAACUGUUAACUAUUGGUCAACAAAAUCCUUAUCAGAUUACAUGCCUGAACCCGAAGAAACCCUAAAACCGAUUGAACCCAACAAUAAAGAUAAUAUCCUGCUGCUUCAAAAAAUUGAUCUGUUGCAAUCUAUGGUAGACAAACUUGAAAGCGAAAAAGACUCUCUUACAUACAGUUGUUCAGAUCUAAAGCAGCUGCUGCAAUGUGUCGCUAAGCAGCAUGAUAAAGAAGCCGAAAGGCAAAGGAAAAAUAUAAAAGACCUUGAAAAAAAAAUGCAUAACUUGGAGCAUGCGUUAAAAAUUUCAGAAAUUCACUCUGCUCAUCUAACUUCUAUCAGGAGUUUUUGGGAAGAUGUAAUAAGAGAUUAG